AAAGUGAAUACCCUUUACAAUCAUGAGAGAGGAUGAGAGAGGAUGGGUCUAUCUAUAAUUUGGAAAGCUUCUAAAGUAAAAGGUUGUGUCUCAAAGCAGAGCAGUCUCUGUUUCUUUCUUAAGGAUAGAAACAAUAAAGAUCAAAGAGGGAGAAAGCAAGAUUAGGAGUUUUCACUUCUCAUGGAGACGAACGAAAAGCCUCAAGUAAACAACACAAUGAGAAGAGCUCUACUAGUUCUAAACUGCAUCCUCUUAACUAUAGGAAACUGCGGUGGCCCUCUCAUAUUGCGCCUCUACUUCUUGCAUGGAGGCAAGCGUGUUUGGCUCUCUAGCUGGCUCCAAACCGGCGGUUGGCCAAUCAUUUUCAUUCCCCUUCUCAUAAGCUACCUUCACCGCCGCUCCAAUAACCCCACUACUAAACUCUUCUACAUGAAUCCUCCUCUGUUCACGGCCGCCACUGUCAUCGGUGUACUCACCGGCUUUGAUGACUAUCUUUACUCUUAUGGCAUAUCUCGUCUUCCUGUUUCAACAUCAUCUUUGAUCAUUGCUACCCAGUUGGGGUUCACUGCUGGUUUUGCUUUUCUUUUGGUUAAACAAAAAUUCAAUUUUUAUUCAAUAAACGCGGUGGUUCUGUUAACUGUUGGGGCUGUUGUCUUGGCCUUGCAUACGAGCAGUGAUCGGCCAGAAUAUGAGUCGAACAGAGAGUAUAUUUUAGGGUUUGUUAUGACGCUGGGGGCUGCGGCUUUGUAUGGGCUUAUCUUGCCAUUGGUGGAGUGGACAUACAAGAAGUCGAAGCAGGAAAUUAGCUACACCCUUGUAUUGGAGAUUCAACUGGUGAUGUGUCUGUUUGCCACCGUCGUUUCCACCGUAGGGAUGCUGGUUAACAAAGACUUCAAGGUGAUUCCAAUAGAAGCAAGAGGGUUCGGGCUUGGUGAAGCAAAGUAUUAUGUGAUAAUGGUGUGGACCGCAAUUAUCUUGCAGUGUUUCUUCCUGGGAGCCAUAGGAGUCAUCUUUUACUCUUCCUCUUUGUUAUCAGCCAUUAUAAUCGCCGUUCUCCUUCCAGUAACAGAGAUUUUGGCUGUCAUUUUCUACCGAGAGAAAUUUCAAGCAGGAAAAGGUGUUGCUCUUGCACUUUCUCUUUGGGGAUUUAUUUCUUACUUCUACGGUGAGAUAAAACAAACCAGGAAAAAGAAUCUUGCCUCUGAAACACAAAUGUCUCAGUCUUCUAUUCCAACGCAAAAUGUUUGAAAAUUAAUGUAUGUUAUUGAUUUGGUU